UUGCAGAUCGCAGGCUGAGGAGAAGAGAGAGAAGAAGAGGGGGCUCAGACCUAGGGGCAUGUGCAAGGUCUUCUACCACCAUAGGCCCCAGCCUAGGAAGUGCACCGAUACUGGAGAACGGUGGAGACUCUCCCACCCAUGAAUUGUGCAGACCACCAGCAAGAGAUUGAUUGUAUGAUACGGGCAGACGUCAUCUGUCACCCUUAUACCCUGGGGCUGGUGCCCCCUCCUCACAUUCUCUCUCUUUAUCUUUCCUAUUGGUUUGCAUUUUGCUAAGUUGGUUCUUCCAACCAUUGACGAACUUUGGAUUCCUGGAGCAAAAAUUGGAAUUUCCUACAACCUUUCUUCUCCCCUCCCAAUACCUGGAAUAAGACCCUGCCUCCGUAUUCACCAUGCACCGUGCCCAGGUGAAGAAGAACGUAAACAAAACUGAGGAAGGGGCACCAGUCACCCGCGGCAGGACCUUCACCAAGACACUGGCUGCUCCACCAAGUCCGACUGUGACCCCCAAGAGGCCAAAACUGAUGUCUGACCAAGAGCAGUCCAAGCCAUGCCCUCCGCAGAUUGUCCGCAAGCUCAAAAACGCUGCAAUAGGGACGGGCUGUGACAUCAGCCUGAAGGUGGCGGUGGAAGGGGUACCGGUGCCAAGUCUAAGCUGGUACAAAAAUAAGGAGCCCCUGGAUCCGGGAGCAGAGGAAUACGGGACAUUGUGUAUUAGGGACAGCAAGAUAGAAGACGCCGGGGUUUACACCUGUGUUGCUCUAAAUCCUCUGGGAGAGGCCAUCACAAGAGCGGUUCUUGCCAUCAUUGAUUUAGAAGACUCUGAGCCGGGGGAGGAGGACACUGGAGGACCCCAGCUACAGCGCACAAUUCGACCCCCAAACAACACGCCUCUGGGAACACCCUCAGGGGACUCGGACACCUUGCUGGCGAGUUCCCUUCACACUACUCCCAGCACGCUGACUGGACUCUCCCAGAUGGACGAGUUCUCCGACUGGUCCGGCAGUCAACAGACGGUAGUAGAGAGGGACUCCAAAAAUGCAAGUUUUUUACCAGAAGGUGGACUUAGGAGAGGAAGCAUCAAUGGUGCCAUACCAGACUCCCCUCGUCCGCUUCAGAAUCCAAGACCUCCAGUUCUACCUCCUCCUUCUCCCCGCCUUGGACAGCGCCCUGCUGCCAAUCCUUUGCCUAGCGGUCGUGGCCCAUCAACACCCCUGACACCCCGAAAGAAAACCCUUAUGCCUCACCAAUAUCAGGACACAGUGGUUGAAGAGUUUGAGGAUAAGGUUAAGAGGCCAAAGUCCUCAGCUGGCUCUCAGGUCAGCGGCCAGGAGUCUCGCCCUGUGACACCAUUAAGUGAAUCAUCAGGGCGAGUGUCCAUCUUACGCGCAUCUCCAAAGCUGGUCCGUUCAGGCUCCAAGAUUUUUGAAAAAUUGCGUUGUCUUGAAGAGAGAAGAAAAAGCCUGGAUCAGACAGACAGCCCUUUUCCUGUACAGUCCUGGCUACCGCUCCGUAAGACGAGGUCCUUUGACCAGACUGGGGCGGAUGGACUGGCCAGUGGUUUGGAGUCCUCAACUGAGGAUCUAAGGGAUGACCUAAGAGAUGGAGUGAGAUCAGAACUGGGAGGAUAUACCUUGAGAUGUCCUUCACUGAGGUACAAGACAGCAUCUCUAGAUGACAGAGGAGCCUUCUCUGGUCGUGUGAGCGACAUUGAGGCACGAUUUUCCCAAGAGCUUUCCCGCAUUAAGAAAACUGUUUCUCAACAGCAGCUUAUCCGUUCAUCCCAAGAUCUGUCUCGAAGAUCACCUUCUCCUCAACAAACUCCAAGUAGCCAACCUGCUUCUUUAGAUCCUGCUGCAACACAAGUGCUUAAAGACAUCAAGGCACCAGAAAUUCAGGAACAAAAGCCAGCAAAUGCAGCCACUGCCCGAAAACCCCUAGUCAGGAGCUGUGCCAAUGUCAACCAAAUAUCCCAAGAUAAGGAACCUCAUGGUGGAAUCAAGGGACAAUCUGCUCUAGUGCCAGAGAAAUCAUCAAAUGGUUCAAUCAUCCACCAUCAAGUAGUCAAGCAAUCAGAUACAAGACUAACAUCUCACCCACCUUCUAAAGUCAGUGCUCUGAAACCCAUCACCACUAAAGGACCAACCUCUAAACAGGAGUCCACAGAUUCUCACAUAAAGAGGGUUCCUGAGCCACCACCAACCAGCACACAAGCCCCACCAGCACUGGAAAUAGCACAGAGAGGGAUAGGGCGAGAAAAGAGGACUAUGGGUGGAGAAACGAGAGGAGAAACGAGAUACCUUCCAUGGGCUACACCAGCAGGUCCCGCCCAGAGAAGUCAAGGGCCACCAGGGAAGGGUGGGGGGCAAACGAAAAAGCACAGCGAAACACAUACCAGUGGCAAAACCAACAAAACCACCAAAAGCAAAGGGAAGAGCCGGCGGCACAGAGCCAUGUCACCAGAAUUAGAAUCUUCAGAUGAUUCCUAUGUAUCGGCGGAUGAAGAUCCGAAGGAGGCUCCUGUGAUUGAAAUUCCCCUGCAAAGUGCCCUGGUGAACGCCGGCUCCGAAGUCUUAUUAAAAUGUAUUAUAACAGCGAAACCAAGUCCAGAAGUCAUAUGGAGGAAGGAUCGGAUCCAUCUGAAGAAUAGUCCCACCCAUCAGAUUCGGGCCGAGGGUGAGAGACACACGCUUGUGAUACGAUGGGCGCUGCCAUCGGAUUCUGGCAUUUAUACAGUAACAGCAAAGAAUGAAGCGGGUGAAGCCAGUAGCUGCGGAGCCCUGACCAUCAAACCAGCACCGGCCACAGAGUCUCCUGCUCACCGAGGAACCCCUCGAGAUGUUCUGAGCCCCAUCACCUCUGAUGAUGAGUAUCUGAGCCCUCAGGAAGAUUUAAGCGAGCCCACAACACCGCAGCACGGCAUGGCGGGCAAAACCGCCAUCCAACACAGCGUGACCUUUAAAGCCACUCCAUCAUUUAAGGUGGUGCUGUCAGACCAGAUGGUGUUUGAGGGCCAGGAGAUUAUUCUCCGAGUCCAAGUGCAGGGAGAGCCCAAGCCAAUGAUAAGUUGGCUAAAGAGCAAGCAGCAAGUGAAGCCUGGUGGAAAAUAUCACAUGACCGAGGAGGAGGAAGGCGUUUUUUCACUUCAGAUUGCGGUAUCCGACAAACGGGAUUCUGGAUAUUAUACCUGCAAAGCAAUAAAUGAAUAUGGAACGAAGCAAUGCGAGGCCAAGGUAGAAGUAAGAGCUUCUUCUGGCAGCAGGACGCUGGAGGUGGCGACCCCCCUGCAGGAUGUGAGUGUGUGCGCUGGGGAGGCGGCUGUGUUUGAGUGUGUGGUGUCGGGACCCCAGGACCUGGACGUGGACUGGAUGUUUCGGGGGAAACUGCUGCAGCCAGCUCUGCUGGACUGCAAGAUGCGAUUCAACGGCAAGCAGUGUCUGCUGCUCCUCAACUCUGUCCAUGAAGACGACAGCGGGGUCUACACCUGCAAGCUGAGCACAGCUAGAGAUGAGCUGACGUGCAGCGCUGUGCUGACAGUGCACCCCUCGCUGGCUCCUCUCUUUACCAGGAAAAUGUCAGAUCGAGAUGUAAUCGAGGGUCGCACAGCCCGGAUGGAUUGUAAGAUCAGUGGCACACCUCCACCUGCAGUCACGUGGACACAUGAUGGUCGUGCAGUGGAAGAGAGCGAGUCCGUGCAUAUCUUGAAAGAGAGAGGAUAUCACACUCUGCUAAUCACCCAGGUGUCAAGCGAGGAUGAGGGUCAAUAUACCGUCAUUGCCCGCAAUCAACACGGGGAAGCUGAAUGCUCCUCAGAGCUGUAUGUGGAGGAGCCCAGACUUGGCGCCUCAUCUCACAUAUCCAAGCUUGAAAAGAUGCCUUCCAUUCCAGAAGAACCUGAGGUACAAGAGAUGGAGGUAGAGGGGGUGCUCAUGCCUGAUUUCCUGCGCCCCCUACAAGACUUAGACGUGGUGGAGUCUCGUGAAGUGCAACUAGAGUGUCAAGUCACUGGCUUACCAUAUCCCGCUAUCACCUGGUAUCACAAUGGACAGAAGAUCCAGAGCACGGACGACCGCAGGAUGACCCAAUAUAAAGACAUUCACCGUCUGGUGUUCCCGUCGGUCAGCCAUUCCCAUGCUGGGGUCUACAAGAGUGUGAUUUCCAACAAGGUGGGCAAAGCCGCUUGCUAUGCCCACCUAUACGUCACAGAUAUGGUGCCCACCCCACCAGAUGGUCCUCCUAUAAUUGCCUCUGUAACUGGGAAAGUAGUGAAGCUCAGAUGGAAUCCCCCAAAAAGACUGGAUCCUGCCAUAGACUUGGCUCAGCUCACAUACUCCGUGCAGCAGCAGGCCGUGGGCUCUCCCCAGUGGACGGUCAUUGCUAGUAACCUGAAGGAGACCAGCUAUAGCAUCAAGUCAUUAACUAAAGGUCAUCAAUACCUAUUCCGUGUGGUCACACACACUGCAACGUCACACAGCAAACCUUCCCCGCCCAGCGACAUCGCCAGACUCCUAGACAGAGGUCCCUAUCUUCGGGAGGCGCCAGUCAUCACUGAUCGCCCUGAGCUCCUGUACAUGGUAGAGAAUCAACUAUUGUGCGUCACUGUGACACUGAACCACGUUGUUGCCACAGUCACCUGGAGGAGAGCAGGCCCAAUUCUGCGCAGCGUGCAGGGUGUGUGUGAGAUGAGCAUGCCAGAUGACGACCAGCACUCACUCACCAUCUACAGUCCCAAGAAGUCGGAUCUCGGACAGUUGGUUUUUGAAGCCAGGAACCAACACGGAGCUGACAAAUGCACCAUCAGCAUAGAGAUGGCAGAGUCUCCGCGAUUUGAAUCUAUCAUGGAAGACAUCGAGAUUAAGGCUGGGGAAACUGCACGCUUUGUAGUUGUCGUGGAAGGAAAACCAGUGCCGGAUAUAAUGUGGUACAAGGACGGAGAGCUCCUGGUGGAAAGCGGACACUUUAAUUUUGUGUAUGAUGAUGCUGAGUGCUCCCUGGUUAUCCUGAAUGCUGCGCCUGAGGACUCGGGGGUGUACACCUGCACGGCACGCAACGUGGCAGGAGAAGUGUCAUGUAAGGCCGAGCUGCAGGUGUGCAAAGUGGAACCAGGAGCCGGUUCAGCACUGGACGAAUCCGAUGGACUGAAAUCUCGCCGACUUUCUGAUUACUACACCAUUCACAAGGAGAUCGGAAGAGGUGUGUUUUCCUAUGUACGACACGUGGUGGAAAAAAACUGCGGGCAGGAUUUUGCUGCAAAGUUCAUUUCAUCUAGAGGGGCGUCCAAGGAGAGCGCCCGGAGGGAGAUGAGCAUCCUGUCCCGGCUCGGUCAUGAGAGGAUCGUCUACUUCCACGAGGUGUUUGAGAAGAGGAGCGCACUGAUAAUCAUCAUGGAGCUCUGUUCCAAGGAGGAGCUUCUAGACAGAGUGAUUCGUAAACCUACAGUCUCCGAAUCAGAGAUUCGAUCCUUUGUGCGUCAGAUCCUGGAAGGUUUAGAUUAUUUGCAUCAUAAGAACAUUCUGCAUCUGGAUAUUAAGCCAGAGAACAUUUUAAUGGCCGACAUGAUUGGUGAUCAGAUUCGGAUAUGUGACUUUGGGAACGCUCAGGAACUGAAUAUUGGAGAACCGCAGUACUGCAAAUAUGGGACUCCUGAAUUUGUGGCACCUGAAAUUGUAAACCAGAUGCCAAUUUCUACAGUCACCGAUAUAUGGCCAGUGGGUGUCCUGACAUAUCUAUGUCUGACCGGAGUGUCCCCUUUUGUGGGUGAAACUGACUACACCACGCUGAUGAAUAUUCGUGGCUACACGGUGGCAUUUGAGGAGAAGAUGUUUGCUGAUCUGACUCGCGAGGCAAGAGGAUUCUUGAUUAAAGUCCUUGGCAAUGAAAAACUGAGGCCUAAUGCUGAAGAGAGUCUGGAGCACCCCUGGUUCAAGACUUUGGCGAAGGGAAAAAACAUCAGCACCGAUCAUAUUAAACUGUUCCAGUCUCGACGCAAGUGGCAGAGAUCCUUAAUCAGCUUCAAGUCCAACAUGGUGAUGAGAUCUAUUCCAGAGCUCCUACAAGACACGAGCAACCACUUGUCUAUUGCAGUCCCCAGACAUCCUAAGGAGUCAACAAGCCUAUCAUCUUCUUCAGACUCAGAUGAUCUUGAAGAGCUUCCAUAUGUCCCUAUGCCACUUCAAGUGCAGUUCUCUGGUUCUCGAAUGUCUCUUAAUGAAAUACCAACAGAUGAAGAGCAGCCUUCUCAGUCCCCUGAAGAUGCUAGCAUUCCAGGAAAUCUGGAGGUAGAAGAGAAUGCAGUCGACAGUAAAAUAACCGAACCGGAAGUGCAACGUAGAGAGGUGACAGAGUCAUCGAGCAAACGUCCUAAGGGGUCACUAACAAGAAAGAAAUCGAAUGAAGCUGAUCCCAGCUCGUCUUCAGAUGAUGAGAUCUCAGAAAAGAAGGAGAAGCCAAGGAAGAUUCUUAAAAAAGGGUCAAGCCUUGAAUCUUCAGAGGUUCCUGAUGAUGAACUUGUGACAGCACGAAGAGGUGAAUUGAGAAGGGGAAGCUCCGCAGAUAGUGCUCUCUUACUCAAUGUGUCUACUGAAGAUGAAGAAGGAAGAGAUACAUUUGACAGAGGCAUGACCAAAGCUGCUUCCAUGGAACUACCAACACGAAACCGCAGCCCAAUGAGGCGACGAAAGCUUGGGUCAGCUGAGGAAGAGUAUGCCCAACGUUUGGAGCUUAUGAGGCAAAGGUUAUUAAAGGGCAGUUCUGCAGAUAACAAGCUCAGUGGUCUUAGAGGGCCACUUAUGGAAACACUUUCCUUUGAUAAAAAGCGAGGUGAACAGAUGUCCCAGCGUUCUGAGAACAUGCCACCUUCUCCCAUCCCUGUUAUAAAGUUGACACGUGCUGCUUCCAGUGAGGCCGCUCCUGGUCGAGAAUCAUCAGACGAAAGGGUCUUACGAAAAACCAGCUCUUUUUCCAAUGAUGACACAGAACCCCUUGUUCUACAUCGUAGGUCUGGAGCACCCUUGGAAAUUCCUCUUGCACAACUAGAGGCACAACGGUUGAAGGAGUCUCCAUCUCUAUCUGCUCUGACUGACCAGUCACGAUUUGAUUCCCGUCCUCAAACGCCUCGUGAGAUUCCUUCCAGGUCUUUGACUCCCGAUCCAACAACAGAAGAUGUGGUCCUGGAAACACAGAAUAGCAAAGUUGAUGAAAAUGACAAGUCACACAAAUUGAAGCCCAGGUCUGAUAAAUAUUCUAAAGAGAACUUAGAAGUUGUACUUCCAAAACUGACUACAUUAGUAGAUGAUGCAAUACCCAAAAAAGAAACAUCCAGUAUCCAGUCGGGACGGCCAAUGACAAAAGAACCUCAAAGCUAUCCAACAGAAAGUGACAGAAGUGAUGGUUUUGUACAGCAUGUAUCACCACAACCUUCAUCAGCUGAAGCAUCCAUAUCGAAACCAAUGGAGGAUUCUUUUCUGACUCCUGCUCCAACUCAAAAUUCAGUGCCUUCCAACACAAAGCCUCCACAGAUCCAAACCCAAGCGCCAACAUCAGUGGUUUCUUCUGUCUCUUCUGUCCAGAAGAAUGAAACCUUAACUACUGUCCAAUCACCAAUGCCAAGCCAAUUUCCUGCAAAAUAUACUUUUUCAAGAUCAUCCGUCAUCUCAUCACCUUCAACAACUAUUGUCCCAUCUCCCUUACAAAGUUCAGGCACUGACAGGUCUUCUCUAUCAAAUCAACCAUCUGCUCCAUCAAGACCAGCAAUUGUCCCAUCUUUAUUGUCUUGUCCAGGUUUUGCCCCGUCUUCUUCGGUAAGUAAAUCAGUUGCCUCAUCAACGUUGCCAAGGCCUCAAGGUACCCCAACUCUCUUGCCAAGUUCAGAUGUCACACAGUCUUCUUCACCAGGCCCAGCAGUAUCUACAUCUACUUUACCAAGGUCUUCAGGUGUCACUUCUCUUUUGCCAAACUAUAUGAAAAAAUCUGUCUCUGUGCCUUCAUCUUUGUCUAUGCAAAUGAAAGAGCCUUUACAAAUGGCAAUGAAGACACAAGAUCCUCCACCUCCAGCAGCUAGUGAACCUGCUCCCAUACCCCAGACUGCAAAUACAGUGACCUUUAAAAUGUCACCUUAUGCAGAAAUGCUGCAAACUCUCCAAGUGGACACUGUACCGGAAGGGCCUCAACUACAGAACACACAAGCUGAAAGGUCACCAGAUGUCUCACCUCUCACACCCAGCCAGCCUGACAGACCUUCAGAAAUAAAAUCUAGCCUGUCUAAAGUCACUAAUGUGGAUCCAAAAGUAACUAAAGAAGAUGAAGGAGCACAACCCCCAGCAUUUGCAAAGGUUAAAGAAACAACCAGAGCUGAAAGCACAGAGAACGUCCAUUAUAUCAGCAACAUAGAUUCUGAAGAAGUGUUUGAAGCUAAGUUUAAGAGAAACCGUGGUUCUUCUUUGACACGAGGUCUGAAGAUGUUUACUAGAUCUUGGUCAGAGGAGAAGAAUUUAUCAGCCGCUCAUGCAACUCAAGAGGAGGAAAUGUACAGGCCUAGUCCUGUCGGUGUCCCACUCGAGUUCCUAGUUCCAGCAGCUCUAGGAAUGGAUGAUAGGUCGAGAUCUAUGCAGGACUUGUCAAAUUCAGAAAGAGAUCCAAGCUUCAUGAGAAGACUGUCCCAACGCUUCAAGAAAACACCAUCAAGUGAGCGUCCGCAAAAGACAUCAGAAGAUAUUGAAGGGUCGAGUUCACUGGGAGGACGUCUUUCUUGGACUUUAGGUAGGGGAAGUUCCAAAGAAAGAAAAGACAAUGAAAGCAUGAAAUCCGAGAAAGGAUCCAUUGAAACAAUCUCAGAAAGUGUUGCCAAAGAGCAGAAGAAGUCCAGCGAAUCUCCAGUGUUAGCAAUGAGGAAGAAGAUUGGAAGCACCAUGGACCGUCUGUCCUCAAAAUUGAGAAGUCAGUCAGAGGAAAGGACAGAAAACAAGUCUGCUGACAGAAAUGAGGACAGACCGGAGCGAAGAACCCCACUACUGUCACUGCUCAGGAGAUCCAACUCAGAAGGGGAGAACUUACGAAAGUUAGAAAUACCCCAGAACCAACUUGCCUCUCAGUCUGCUUCAUCUCGUUCUAAAGAGUCUGUCAACUCGGGACUUAGCAUCAAAUCAGAAAUGGUAGAGAGAGAUGAAAGGAGAUCCCGUUGGGACCGCUGGGGGCUGUCACGUAGCAAGAAGGACAAGAUGGCGUCCCAGCCAAGUAUUCCAGCCAGCUUGACAAGUGAAGACGGAAACAUAGUAGGAAGGCAGUACAUACGCAAUGAAUCAGACUUCCCACCAGUCUUCCACAUAAAGCUGAAGGACGUUGUGAUACUAGAAGGAGAUUCGGUGUCCCUGUCCUGUCUUCCUGCCGGGAGCCCCGCACCCCGAAUUCUAUGGAAGAAAGAUAAGAUGGUCAUAGAAUCUGGAGGACAGGUCAAUAUAAGAUCCAAUCCAGAUGGACGUCAAGUUCUCACUAUAACGAGAGCUGGCCAGAGAGAAGCCGGGCUCUAUGAGUGCGUGGCAGCCAAUGCGCUGGGCAAUGCCACCAGCUCCUGCUCAUUAGCAGUGGCACGAAUCCCCCAGGCCCCUGGUACCCCAGAGAUCCCGCAGAAGUAUAAGGACACGGUGCUGGUUCUGUGGAAAUCCUUUGAGCUCAGCUGCCCCUGCACCUACACCCUGGAGUGUCAGAUGAAUGGACAAGGGAAGUGGAAGGUGAUCAGCUCCGGCAUCAAAGACUGCUACUACAAUGUCACGGAUCUGCAGCCCGGCUCAGUCAGAUUCCGUGUGGCUUGUGUGAACAAAGCAGGACAAGGGCCCUACAGCGAGAUAUCCAAGACUGUUGUCAUAGAAGGAGACGACCAAAAGCCAUCCCCUGCCUUGGCUCAUCCUGCCCAGAAGGCCCGACAACUAGUGCCCACUUUUGGACCUGUUUCUCCCCGGGUCACCGUGGCACCAGCAAUUUCCCCUUCAGUUGUUACCACUUCCAGUCUUCCUCCAUCCAUUGGAUCUCCGCUUGCUGUUACCUCUCCACCUACAAAUGUCCCUGCUCCUAUACAACCAGUUACCAAAGGAGCUCCCCCUCCAACUCCUCCAAGACGGCACAGAGGACUUCCAACUCCCCCCACAGUGCAUAGGGCCUUACCUCAAGUAGAGCCCCAAAAUCAAGGCGUUUUGAAUAAACAACAGUCAUCUGAACCUGCACCAGGGGCGGUGGUGACCUCCCAUAUUUCUACAGUCACUGUAUCAGUGGCCCCUAGACAAGCUGUGUCCCAUUUAAGAGUUCCACCAGCUCCCCCGGUUCAGCAAGUGAAACCUCCAGAACCAGUUGCUAAAGCUAGCCCGGGGGUGAAGCCUCCAACAGAGGCCCAGAAGACUCCCUCAGUGCCCUAUGUGACCCCAGUUAAACCUGUGGAAGGGGUGAGGUCUCCAACAGAGUUCCAGAAGACUCCCUCAGUGCCCUAUGUGGCCCCAGUUAAACCUGUGGAAAGGGUGAGGUCUCCAACAGAGUUCCAGAAGACUCCCUCAGUGCCCUAUGUGGCCCCAGUUAAACCUGUGGAAGGGGUGAGGUCUCCGACAGAGUUCCAGAAGACUCCCUCAGUGCCCUAUGUGGCCCCAGUUAAACCUGUGGAAGGGGUGAGGUCUCCAACAGAGUUCCAGAAGACUCCCUCAGUGCCCUAUGUGGCCCCAGUUAAACCUGUGGAAGGGGUGAGGUCUCCAACAGAGUUCCAGAAGACUCCCUCAGUGACCUAUGUGGCUCCAGUUAAACCCUUCCCUAUCCCCCAAGCUGCAAAGUCUCCAGUGCCUGAGGAACAAGCAUCAAGACCAGUAUCUGCAGAGGCAAAAGUUCCACCACCAGUGGCUCCAAAACCAGUGCAUGCUACUCCUUCAGUACCAAUCAUGCUGCACAUUCCCCCCUUUAAAUCUUCAAGUCUACCUUCGCCGUUAAGCCCUACGUCCAGCAUGAAGCCUUCAUUCCCAUCUCCUCCCACCAGCCCAGUCUAUAAGCCAUCAACCCCGACCUCUCCAACAUACAUGGUCACCUCUUUCAUAUCAAUGCCACCCUCACCAACUACAGAGGUGCCCCCUCCCCAACCUGCUGCCCCAGAAGCCCAGACAGUCCCUACCCGCGUCUUAGUGAAGAGCGUCACCCCUAGUAAGGAUGGUAGAUAUACGCCAGGAGGGAGGGCAACUCCAUCAGGAAGAGAAAGUGCCCUCCGACAAGGAGUGCCACAGAAACCCUACACAUUUCUGGAGGAGAAGGCAAGGGGUCGCUUUGGGGUGAUCCGGGAAUGUAAGGAGAAUGCCACAGGAAAGCACUUCAUGGCGAAAAUUAUUCACUACGAGCCUGAGAAUAAGCAAAGCGCCCUGCAAGAAUACGAGGUUCUGAAGUGUCUUCACCACCAGAGGAUCCUGAGCCUACAUGAGGCAUACAUUACACCCCGCUACCUGGUCCUCAUCUCUGAGCAGUGCCCUGGAAGAGAAAUCCUGUACUGCCUGGUGGAGAGAUUCCGUUACUCAGAGGACGACGUGGCCAAUUAUCUCCUUCAGAUCCUACAGGGUCUGGAGUAUCUCCACGAACAGAAGAUCCUACAUCUGGACAUUAAACCAGAGAACAUUAUAGUGUCCUAUAUGAACACUGUCAAGAUCAUUGACUUUGGAAGCGCUCAGAUAUUCAACCCCCUCGUCCUUCGUCAGCUGGGAAAGCGUGUGGGGACGCUGGAAUAUAUGGCUCCGGAGAUGAUCAGAGGAGACCCGGUCGGGGCAGCCGCCGAUGUGUGGGGGCUAGGAGUAUUGACCUAUAUCAUGCUGAGUGGACGAUCUCCCUUCUUUGAAUUGGACACAGCAGAAACAGAAAAUAAGAUCUUAUCAGGACGGUUUGACAUCUUUAAGCUGUACUCCAAUGUGUCUCAGAGCGCAUCCCUCUUCAUACGAAAAAUGCUGUCUGUAUAUCCCUGGAGCCGUCCCUCCUUACAAGAAUGUUUCUCCAACCCCUGGCUACAGGACGCCUAUCUGAUGAAGCUCCGACGACAGACUCUCACUUUUACCACCAACCGCCUCAAGGAGUUCCUGGUGGAGCAACAGAGGAGACGCUCGGACACCGCUACCAAGCACAAAGUCCUUCUCCGCUCCUACCAUGGUGGACAGCCCACAGCACCUGUCACCCAGUGACCACGGAGGAAGGACUUUGACAAAAAAAGAAGGUGGCCACAGAGCCAGAGGUGCAUUCCACUGGAUGAUGUGGGGCGCCAGCAGUCCCAGGAAGUCGGGAGCGGUCAGAGACCAAUCGCGAACAGUAAAUACCCUGUGUAUAUAGAGAGGACCCCACAUAACCUAGAGCAAGGGGGCUCCUGGAGCACUGCUGGUCAACAUACCUCAAUAACAGAAGUGAAACAGUCCAGUGAUACUGGGGGACAGAGAUGAGUCAAGAAGUGGGGGUGCAUGAUGCAUGUAACACACAAUGGCCCAUCCUCCGCUGGUACCAGCUCAAGCUGCCGCUCUGGACCUCAGGUCAGUGAGAUCUCUGGCACCAACCUUUCUGCUGGAAAUUCACCUGGAUCGUCUUGGACAACCCUUCGUUUACACAGAUCUUCCCAGGAAUUCCUGGUUGAAUCAAGUGGUCUUAGCAAUUCAGAAGGGCAGUAAUUAAUUCUAUCGUUUAUUUUUUAUUUUUAUUAAUUUAUUUAGAUGAGGGUGACGAGAGAUUUUGUUAAAGGGGCAGUGUAGGUAUUUAUUAAUCACAUACCCGUAGGUAGCCGUAUCCCUGCGAUACUUGUUUACAAAAAGAUAGGAUGUUUUUGAAAACCCAUAGGAAGCGCAGACAAAUAUGAGCCGACGUGGGUCCUGACUUUGUGAAGAUGGCGCUUGUAGUGCGGGGGGUUGGGAAGGGACUACUGGUGAAUUCGGGGGUUUUUCUACGUGUAUGAGAGAGACAGAGGACUAAACAUGAUGGACAACUCUGGACAUUUCCUUUAAGGGAUCCAAUAUCUGGCUCUGUACCAGACCUAUGGCCCUUGUUCAUGGCGAUUACUACUCCCAACAUCCUGAUUUAACUAGUAAAAAGGAUUUUUCUUCGCCUUUUCUCGCGCCAUCGUAUUGAAAAAUAGGAGUUGAAUUAUUCUUAUGAUCCAGGAGUCUCAUCUUCUAUUACUACAUCGGCACUAGUGACGAAGAGGCUUAAAAUGUAAAUAUUGAUAUUUUGGGUGGAGCCUAGCAGUCACAUGACUGUAUAAUCGAUUCGCAACUUGCUACAAUAUAGGAAGCAUUCUGUAACGGGUCUUUCGACUAGCGUUCUCCUCCAUGCUGGAAGUAUCGGAUAUCUCUGCUCCCAGCAUGCACUGCUCUUCUGCUCCCUACUUGACGUCUGGGUAAUGAAAUUCCCAUUUCCCAAGUCCUCUCUACAGGUACAUAGAGUCCUCGAAAAAAAUACCAGACCAUCGCCCCCACGCGGACGAGGACGAACGUCUUCCGCCCAAAUAGCGUGGAAUUACAUGCACAUGAAUGACACACGUAUGUUGGAAUGGAGGGAGAGUCCAGAUCAGGUGGACAAUGAGAUGUUUCCAACAGAAGGACGAUUUGGUUCUGGUAAUCCAGAAGAGGGAGGAUGGGCUCCUCCGAUGAAAGGGGGGCAGUUUGUACAGUUGUUGGCGGGGGGUGAGCCGUCCUCCUUCCCUCCCCCGCCCCAAGCUGCCUUUUGAGCUUCUUAUUUAUUCACUAACAUCUUAGGAUGUUUCCUUUUAUUUAAUAGAAUUUGUGUUGCUUUCCUGGAGUUUGUAAUGUUCCCCUCAUGUUUUUUUCUGUGUGGAGAAGUUAAGAAGCUAAAAUAAAGUUUCGGAGGUCGCACGGGGCCCCACGUGUGACCUGGACUGCUGAG